GAAAUCCAGCGAUGCAUUUCUCACAACACCGGAGAAAGCAGCUUCAGUAUCUUCCAGUUAUCAAUCCCCAAAGUCAAGAAUCAAGUCAUCUCAUCUAUAUAAACCAUGAAGAAACCACACCAAUCUGGAAAUCAUCAUCGCUCACAACGGUCUUCACACCCUGACAUCUCCAGCUCCAGCUCCAGCUCUCCUCCAGACAGUAUCUAAACAGUUGUCCUCGAGAAUCCCACUCAGUCCAACCCAAGAUACCACUAACAUAUAGUAUACCCCACCGCAGUCUGCUACCGGUAUAAUAUAUCUCCAAAAUGUCUGACAGAACCGGCUCCACCAACAACAACAAUAACAACAACAAGUCCGGAGGUAGUACCAGCGGCGGUGCUCAGAUCAGUGAAGCGAAAGCCAGCAUCAUCACCAGCCCAAGGAACAUCAACCAACUGAGUACCUGGGGCCAAUCCGCCCGAGACAGACGUCAGGGAGGUAACAAAGGAUCUGACAGUAAGGGACCAUCUGACUCUCCUUCCAGGUAAAUGGGGUAAAAGCUUGUCUGCUGCUAUCCUGUCAUACCGGAUGGCCAAGACUUUACCGACCGACCGACCGAAACCGAAUCCGGUCGGGUUGAUCGGAGCUUUCUUCUGUCUGGACCCACAUACAAGAGUCUCACCCUGUCUUUCUUUCUUUCUUUCUGUCUGAUCGCUCCUUUAUCCGUGGGUCCGUCCUUACAAAGUAGGUUGCAGUGAUAUUCAGGAGGGUCCCAUCAGAGUCUCCACAGGUCGUGGCAUCAUGGACUUUGAUGUUCUUGCUUGCCUUGCCUUGCCUUGCUAUAUAUAGUAAGUAAAUCCUGUGGGUGGGUUCAUGGGUACUUAACUUUGCUUUGAGUAUGUCAUUGUGACUAUACUAUAAGGAAGGGGUGGCAUCAUCCG